AUGAAAACCUUUUUCCUCAUCUCCCUCACACAGAAACCAGAUGACCUACUAGAAUCCAAUCUACACGAGUGGUACACCACAUUCCUCCCAAAAGCUACUUCAAGCUUAAUUCCAAACCAACAACGGAUCGUCCACUCCUACCACAAUGUUAUCACAGGCUUUGCUGCUAAGCUCACCCCGCAAGAGGCCAAAGCAAUGGAACUGAAGGAAGGCUUUAUUUCAGCUAGAGUUGAGCGACCUGUCUCCCUUCACACAACCUUCACUCCCAAGUUCCUUGAUCUGCAACAGAAUGUAGGAGGUUGGAAGUCCUCACAUUACGGCGAGGGAGUGAUCAUUGGUCUGAUUGACACGGGGAUAAAGCACGAUCACCCUUCUUUCUUAGACAAAGGCAUGCCUCCCCCGCCAGCCAAAUGGAGAGGUAGGUGUGACUUCAAUGGCAAGCGAACGUGUAACAACAAGAUUGUCGGUGCUAGAAACUUCAUAUGGGAUGUGGAUGCCCCGGUGGAGGAUAUACCCCAUGGGAGUCAUACUGCAUCGGAGCCCUGUAGAAGCCGCCAAUGUAUUUGGACAAGCGAACGGGACAGCCAUGGUGAUCGCGCCAAAAGCCCACUUGGCAAUGUAAAAGAUGCAGCUAUUGAGGAAGGUGUUGAUGUGCUCACAAUCUCAAUGAGUUACUCCAAUGGUAGUGUUCCUUUCUUCGACGACAUAUUUGCAUUGGGAGCAUUUAGAGCCAUCCAGAAGGGUAUCUUUGUGAGCUGCUCUGCUGGAAAUGGUGGACCUUCUCCGAGUACAGUAACCAACGCCACGCCAUGGAAUCUAACCGUGGCAGCAAGCACGAUUGAUAGAGAGAUCAGGGCGACGGUGAAGUUGGGGAACAAUGUGGAGCUCUAUGGCCAAUCCCUCUUCCAGCCUAAAGACUUCCACUCAAAGCUGCUGCCGCUUGUGGACUCUGCUUCCAAUGGUGAAUCAGUAGCAUUUUGUGAGAAAGGGUCACUGAAGAACAUUGAUGUUAAGGGCAAGAUAGUCAUAUGCCAGGCAAGUUUUCCAGAGCGGAGAAUCUUCCAGGGGCAAGAAGUUAAGGACAAUGGUGGAGCAGGCAUGAUCUUGAUCAACGGUGUCGAAGAUGGUGACACUAUUAUUCCCGAUGCUCAUGUUCUCCCUGCAUCAUGCCUCAGUUACAAGGAUGGAUUGCUAGUCAAGGGUUACUUGAACUCCACGUCAUCCCCAACCGUAGCAAUCUCAUUCCAAGGUACCUUGAUCGGCAAGUCAAAAAUCGCUCCACAAGUCGCCUCGUUCUCCUCACGAGGUCCUAGCCUGCUGUCUCCCGGGAUGCUGAAGCCGGACAUCAUUGGCCCCGGGGUCAACAUUCUGGCUGCGUGGGCAGAAUCAGUCGACAAUGCUACUAACUUAUUCAACGUGGUCUCUGGAACUUCAAAUGGCAUGCCCACAUCUGAGUGGAGUAGCAGCUCUCAUCAAGAGUGCUCAUCCGAAUUGAAUGUUCCUGCUACCGUUUUCGACAUGGGUUCGGGCCAUGUGGACCCAUCCAAGGCACUCAACCCCGGGCUGGUUUACGACAUCGAGCCGGAUGACUACAUUUCUUACCUCUGUGGGUUGGGUUACAACGACAAGCAAGUGAGAACGAUCGUGCAACGAAAGGCUAACUCGAGGUACAUGAGCGUGGUUGUUACAUGGGAAGGGAUCAUUGGUGUUGAAGUCACGCCUAAUGAGAUCGAGUUCAAGGAGGUGGGAGAGAAAGCAAGUUACUCUGUUACGUUUACCAGGUUGAGGAAUGUGGCAACAAGUAACAGUAGUACUACUAGUUUUCGUCAAGGCUCGGUGGUCUGGUCUGGUCAUGAUGAUGAUGGUGGUAAGUAUGUGGUUACUAGCAACUUUGCGGUCGUCUUUGUUUGA